AUGAGUAAGGAAGAGGAUUAUUAUUGUCGACUUUGCGCUGAGCCCACUCCAAAAGCCCAGUUAAUAUCGCCUGAUGAAGAUGUUGCAAUUAGUUCAAAGGUGGCCACCAAAUUACUAUGGAUAAACAUUGAUAUAUCUUCAUCCAGCACCCUUCCGAAUACAAUAUGCUUCUCUUGUUUCGAUCUGUUGGAAAGAACAUGGUCGUUUCUACAUAAUACGCGUUCUGCACAGGAAAAACUGCACAGUAUUUUUCAAUCACAACAAGACACAAACAAACAGGAAUCUAACUUAAAAAAUGUGGAAAACACUUGUAAUACCAUUGGUAAACCAGUUGAUCAGAGUUGGGAGAAGUUCCAAGACCUUAAGACAGAAAUAAAAGUCGAACGCGAAGAAUUCACGGAAUAUGUUAAAUCCGAAGAUGACAGUGAUCCUGAUUUUACAGUAGUUCGUGAUUUUAGUAUUCAUAGCGGGAAUACAUCAGACAGUGACGUGCCAUUACUUGUACCAAGAAGGAAAAAACAAAAGCGUAUCUGUAAGAAAGAUUUUAAUAGCUCUAUAAAGAAAGAGCUACCGAUAGAUCCCCUACCUGACACAAUAACUUGGGAUAAGCAGAUGUGUAGAUGUGCAAAAUGUGACGCUCAGUGUGAAAAUAUAGCCUCACUUCAACUACACUCUCAACAAAUACAUAAUCGCUGCUGUGUUUUCAAAUGCCUUGACUGUAAUAAAAUUGUUCAUUCAUUUAAGACCUUUAUAAAACAUGUACGAACACAUAAAGAGUUCCUUAGAUAUUGUUGUGAGUUUUGUAACAGCUUGUUUACUUUAACAUCUGAUUUAAAAAUACACAAAACUAAAGUGCAUGCUGGUAUAUUUGUCAAAAAAUGCAGAAAUUGUGGUUCAGAGUUUGAUACUCCAGAACAAUUACAAGAUCACAAGUUACUCUACAACCAGCGUCAUAAAAGACUGUCAUCUACUCAAGGAGAGCCUGUGUUUGAUCUCAAGUGUAAAGAUUGUAAUAAGGAAUUUAAAUCUCGGAGUAAUUUGCAACAACAUCGUCAAGUACAUAAAGAACGUACCAGGGAUUUCUCAUGUCAUAUUUGUGGUAAAAUGUUUUUCACUAAAGGUACUCUAGGCACUCAUAUGAUGACACAUGAAGAUACAAAACCUUACAAAUGUCCAUACUGUCCACUAGCAUUUAAAGCAAGAGGAAACCUGACGUCUCACAUAAGCUGUCAUUCUGGAGUGAAACCGUUUGUGUGUGAACAAUGUGGUAAAAGUUUUAGAGUUAAGAGGCACCUAAAAUCACACUCAAUUAUUCAUACAGAUCUUAUGCCAUAUGUAUGUGAAUAUUGUGAUAAAACAUUCCGGUUUAAAACACGACUGAACCUGCAUAUACGACAGCACACAGGAGCUAAGCCAUACAAGUGUUUGUACUGUCAGCGUGAUUUCACAAAUGGAUCUAACUUCAAAAAACAUAUGAAAAGAAGACAUGGUAUUGAUACAUCCAAAAAAGCAUAUCAAAAUAUGGAGAUGGAUGAUGCACAGCUUAACAGUGAGAAUGAGAAAGUACUGUAG